AUGGACGCCCCGCCAGUCAAGCUCUCGGAGCUUCUUCGACACCCCGAGGACCUGGACAAGAUUCCCGCGCUGAAGCUGGAAUUCACGCGCAAGAAGGCCGCCGUCGACUCUCAGCUGCGGGGUGGUCUGCGCGACCAAUUGGAGACGACACAGGCGGGCAUGAAUGGCCUUACGGACGGGCAGAAGACGGUGCAGGCCAUCCGCGACGAGAUGAUGAAGAUCGACAAGCUGUGCUCCGAAUCGCAGAACAUGAUCAAGGACUUCACCAGCAUCAACAUGGUGUCGCAGGCACAUCGGAACUUCGGCGCUGUCGAGACCAUGGUCGACAACCUCCAGACUUUCAAUGAUCGCCUCAAUAGGGUUGAGAACAUGCUGCGAGAGGACGAGGAGGACAAGGAGAACAUGCCCAACCUACUACGAGCACACUACGAAUUGACGCAAUUACGAAACAUCCGAGACGAUGCGAUGGAGCAGAUCGAGCGAGCCGACGACCUGAGCCUACAAUCUACAUUGGAAGAUUACUUUGCGCGGUUGGACGAGGCCAUCGACUGGUUCGACGAGCACAUUGGUCUUAUUGCACUCAACAUGAUCAACUUGCUGGUUGCAAAUAAUGAUGGCCUUGUUGUACGCCUGGCCAUCAUCGUCGAAGCCGAAGAGAAGAGCGACCAGAGGGUGGAGGCCCUGCAAGAAGCGUUGAAGGACCACCGAGAGAUGGCGACACGAUUCCAAAGCAUCACCGACGGCGCGAAGAAGGUCAGAGGUUACAAAGAGAAAUUCAUAAAAGCAAUCACAGUCAACUGUGAAGGGCAGUUUGCCGAGUCCAGGGGAGAAUUCUUCGACGACCCGACCAAGCUGGACAAAAUAAUGAAGUGGUACUUCAACGAUUUAAAUGCGGUCAAGCAGGGAAUGGUGCACUUGAUGCCCAAGAAGUGGAAGAUACUCAAGACCUACGGCGAUAUUUACCAUCAGCUCAUGCACGACUUUUUGGUUGACCUGAUAGAUGACCCCGAGUCAAGCUCAGGCAACACCCUAGAAAUCGUCAACUGGCCCGAGAAAUACUACAAGAAGAUGAGGAAACUCGGCUUUCAAGAAGCCGAUCUCAAGCCGCACGUCAUUGAUAACAGAGAGUCAGAAUUGGUGAAGGAUUUCCGGCAGCUCAUCAUAAAGUUCCUCGACGAAUGGAUUGAGCGUAUCUUCGCCCAAGAGAGACGUGAUUUUGCCGAAAGAAAUGUGGAGGGCUCGAAUUUGGAUACGGACGAGUAUGGCUACUUCCGUACCCGGAAUCUGGUUGAUAUGUGGCGCAUGCUGCGUGAGCAGGUCGACGCAGCCGCCAACUCACAGAGGUCAGAUGUGGCCGAGGGUGUCAUUGAUGCUAUGUUCAUCCGGCUCCGCGGUCGACAGCAGUCUUUCCAAAAGAUGCUCGAAGACGAAGGCGCCAAGUACGAGGCCAAUCAGGUCCCCGAGCUGGAGGGUUUCCAAGCCUUACAGGACUGGCUCGUUGCUACUGCUAACGACCAAAUGGCCUGCAUAGACGACAACGAGGAAGAGGGCCGUUUCGCCUACCUGACGAGCUUCAAGCAGAAAUUUGAGCCGCUCGUCACACCACAAUAUAUGGAGCGUGCCGAGACCGAAGUUGAACUGCUACGCGAUGGCUACGUUGACUUCAGUACGUGGUGUAUCAAUAAGUUUGUCAAGCUCAUCAUCGCAGUCGACUUCAGAACAGUAGUCACGUCGUUCUUCACCCCAGGAUGGUACUCAAACACAGCAAUGAAGCAGAUGAUCGUCACGUUCGAGGAAUACGUGGGCGACUACCAGCAGGUGCUCCACCACUCGCUGGUUGAGAUCUUCGUCGAGAUCUUCGCCGACGAGCUGCUGGCCAGGUACCUGAUGUGCGUGCGCAACAAGGGCGCCAAGUUCAAGCGCACCGACCCGUUCCAGGACAAGAUCUUCAACGACAUCUCGACGGCGUUCGAGUUCUUCCGCGGGCUGCCGAACGCGGACGUCGGCGGCACCAUCACGCAGACGUGGCGCGUCACCGAGUACUUCCUGCAGCUGCUGACUGCGGAGAAAGAGGCCGUGCCCGACGUCUUCCAGGAGUUCAAGUCGCGCUACUGGGACCUGCAGAUCACAUGGGUCGAGGCCGUGCUGAGGGCCCGCGACGACUUCGAGAGGAGCAUGCUGAACUCGGUCAAGGCGCGCGCGGCGCAGAUGGAUGUCGUCAGGGGCCCCGAGACCAUCAUGGGCAAGGUCAAGUAG